CAGUUUUGUGUGACUCUCGGUCGAGAAAGGACCUGUGUCUGCUUGUGCUUAGCUCUCGUGACACCUCCGGUAUGUCGUCCUACAUCGGCAUGUUGAUCGUGAUUGCUGACCUCCCCAUGCGUGUUUCGUGACUUCUGCCGGAAUGCUCAUUGUCGGACGUAAAGUAGGUCCUGUUUAUGACAAAUGACCGCAUGGUGAUUAGAAAAUCGCUUCGCCAAAUAUGUAAGACAUGUGCAGUGUUUAAGAAGUAUUGAUUGUUAAGUUUUUAUAGUGUACCUUUAACAGGCUGCGUUCUUCACAUGUUUGAACAAAAUAUAAAUCCCGAGUGCAAAUCAACCGGAUCGGUAAAUUGUGAAACGGUGUUCAAAGGCGUGAAACAUUCAAAUGAUAUAGUGGUUUAAGCAAUGCAACUAGCUGGAUACCAAAAGGCAAACGAACCAAAUUGAUGUUCGAUUUGAAACAGGAAACGGAUAUAAUGCUGCUGGUAUCGAACAGUUGGAUCAGUGUGCUCCUUGGAAUCCUCUCGAUUUCAGUGUCACUGGGUCUUAAGCUGAAAACCGUACGAAUACCUCCAUAUAAAUUCCGAGGCGAAUCGGCCCUGCUCGAAUGUCACUAUGAGCUGAACGGUCAGCGAAAGGGACACAGUUCUCUGGAGAGCGGCAACCGUCGACAUCAUGGAUAUCAGAACGACUACCUCGGCGAACGGUACGAGGAGGAGGAAAAGCUCUACUCGAUCAAAUGGUACAAGGACAACGAGGAGUUUUACCGGUACGUCCCGUCGGCUUCCCAGCCGAUCAAGAGCUACAAAAUCGAGGGCAUCCGGGUCGAUCCGAACCACUCGGACGGUACGAAGGUGUUGCUGCGAGGGUUAACACUCAAAUCGUCCGGCAUCUAUCGAUGCGAGAUCUCGGCCGAGGCGCCCAGCUUCGACUCGGUACAGGGUGAAGGUCGGAUGGAUGUGAUAUUUGUUCCAAGGGAUGGUCCCCAUAUCAGUGAUAGUGAGCGUAAAAGCUACCAUAUUGGUGAAACGAUGGAGCUGAACUGCACCUCGGGCCGCUCAUAUCCGGCCUCCACGCUUCAAUGGUACCUGAAUGAUCUGCUCGUAACGGACCCGAACAACAUCAUUCACUAUCCCUCGGUACAAAAUCAGCAUGGGCUGAUCACAACCUUCCUGGGGCUGAGUAUGGUCGUGAACCAUCGGCACUACAUCGAUGGCACGAUACGGAUAAAGUGUGUGGCCAGCCUUUCACCCAUCUUGUGGCGCGGUGGGCAGGAAAGUAUCGUCCAGUGGGAGCAACCACCGAUCGACAAUCGUGUUGCCAUGCUUUUAGUGAAAAGUGUUGGCAGCCUGCAACUCCUACAUCCUUGGGUUCUGCUUGUAAGUUUGAUACUUUAUUUACGACAUAUUUUUUAUACACGAGCAGAGUUAGUGUGAGGGAGCUAGGCUGCAAAAAAAAUCUAAUCAAAAUCAUCGUGUAUAUUAUAUAAAUCAUAAUAAUUAGUAAGGAUUAGUAAAGCAUUAUUUCGCGUAACAGCUGAAACAAAACAAAAACCCCACGACACAUCCUGUUACCGUAUGGUUGACAGCAUUCUGCAAAAUCGAAGGAAACUUUCUUAAAGAGCUUAUCGAAAUGAAAUUUGAACAAAACUUAGCGCGCACGGUUUAUUGGGUGAUCGUUCUAAAGAGUAACGUAGCUAAAGAUUAUGCUGUGCGUGUUGCAAUCUACAUCGAAACGAUUUUGUAUAUAGACUAUCUUAAGCGGUUAAACAUUGAAUGUGAAAAACAACAGAUUCAAAUGAACAAAGAAAAAGCAAUCUAGGCUUGGCUCGAAAACGAAGCAAGAUCGAAACAUCAAUUUCCCAAAAAAAGGACUAGGAUUUUGGUCCCAGACAAUGUGGAUACCCGCAGUAUGUGGCAGCCGUAAGCGGAACAAUUAUCUACGUAAUGUGCAAAUAGGAAGGUACGUAGAAUGAAUAGAGUUAUUAUAGGAAUUGGCCGUGCAGUACACAGCCCAAAUCAUACUGAGAAACAACAAUUAUCAGACGACUUUGUGUUCCAUGAAGUUAGGUGCCGUGAGAGAGUAAAAAACCAUGUUUAUGAACGAUAAAGUUGUGUACAUUGGGGGUGA